UUUCCCUCUUCUUCUCUGGAUUUCGAUUUCUUCUGUUUUCGCAUUCCUCCAAUCUCUCUCCCAUGGAAGAAGCCAAAAACCCUACCUUGAAACUGACCAUAGACAAAGGCCCUCGGCAGGGCGAAACCCUAGAAUCUCGCCCGGAGUUAUCCUCCAUCCGAAUCGGCCGAGUCAUCCGAGGCAACACCUUCACCAUCAAAGACCCGGCCAUCUCGCAAAAGCAUCUAGAAAUCGUCUUGACCGCCGGAAAAUGGAGCGUCUCAGAUCUCGACACCUCGAACGGCACCUUCCUCAAUGACGUCAAGCUCCAUCCCCUCUCUCCGUCUAGCCUCAGUGAUGGCGACACCAUCAAGAUCGGCCAAGCCACCUCAAUUUCGGUCAGGAUCGACAGCAGAUCUGAUCCCGGCCCUGAUCCGCUGGAGAAUCAGCCGCAGAGGAAUAAGGGGCGGCAGGGCCGACAAUGCAAGGGCAGGGCUAAGGCUAGGAUUGUUUCGAAGGAUGAUCCAGUGCUAUUGGAGUCUGUUACUGAAAAAUCGAAUCUAGGGUUAGACACCUCAAUUACUGUCAAGGUUAAAGAAAAAUCGGAUUUAGAGAAUGCUCUAGUGGAAAAUGGAUUGCGUAGAAAUCCGAGGCGGCGGGCCGCUCCAAACAAGGGCAGAAUUACUUCAGAGGAUGAAUUGACACAGUUGGAGUCUGUUCCAGUCAAGAAGGUUGCAGAAACAUCAGAUAGAGUGAGAGAGGAUACUACAGCUAUUGAAGAGAAUUCAGCUGUUCCAAAGGAAUUGGAGAAGAUUACGUUGGGGGAGUGGUUUGAUCGGAUGGAGAGAUACUUGCCAAAGCAGAUUAAUGACAUUACUGAAGAGAUAAUUCAGAGUCUAAGGCAGAGGCAUAAGCAGUUUGAGGAGUUUAUAGAGCAACAGCAAGAUGGGAAGGGUAAAUUGGCUGUUGCAAAUUAGAUCGAGAAGCCAUUUCUCAUGUAAGGUAAUUGCUGACUACAUUGGUAUCAGUUCCCUUUUCUGGUUCUGAACUGGCUGCGGUAUCUAAUUUUGUUUGCGUAUGUAGUUCUAACAGUGUGGGUUCACAGUUGUUUUAGUUUCUGUAUAAAUAUUUGCUUUUUGAGUGCCAAUGGAUCCCUACAGUGUAUUGCAGUUUCAUUCAUAUAUGUAUGCAUGGAAGAUGUUACUAUGUUGAUGAAGAGACUGAAUGGCGGUUUCUCA